AGCAUCCAACGAAGAUCCAACAUCAGUCCCGAAACAGAAACAAAAGAUUGGGAAGAUCAGAACUUUUCAUAACCAAAGCACAACAACAAUCCAAUCUGAUAGGCAAAGUUGCUGAAUUUGGGUUCAACAAAGAAAACCCGGAGCUGGGAAUGAAAAAGAAUCGAUCUUUUUGAAAAGGGUCUAAUUGUUUUCUUGGAUAACCUGGAAUUUUCGUAGGGGGGAAAAGAGAGCUUAGAGAGGGAUCCAAUCUGCGAUUUGCGAUGAGCAGGAAGGGGAAAUCGACGAUAUCGACGAAAGUCACGAGACCCACAAGCACGGUUCUUCCAUAUCAGACCCCAAGACUGAGAGACCACUAUUCAUUGGGGAAGAAGCUUGGUCAGGGCCAAUUUGGCACAACCUAUCUGUGUUCCGAGAAGGCCACGGGUCAUCUUUAUGCCUGCAAAUCCAUCCCAAAGCGGAAGCUGUUGUGCCGUGAAGAUUAUGAGGAUGUUUGGAGGGAGAUUCAGAUCAUGCAUCAUUUAUCGGAGCAUCCAAAUGUGGUGCGGAUCAAGGAUACCUAUGAGGACUCUGUAUUCGUGCACUUGGUGAUGGAGCUGUGUGCGGGUGGGGAGUUGUUUGAUAGGAUUGUGGCAAAGGGGCAUUAUAGUGAGAGAGAGGCUGCUCAGCUUAUCAAGACUAUUGUUGGUGUCGUGGAGGCAUGCCACUCUCUUGGGGUUAUGCAUAGGGAUCUCAAACCCGAGAACUUCUUGUUUGAUAGUCCUGGCGAGGAUGCCCAACUCAAGGCUACGGAUUUCGGUCUUUCUGUGUUCUACAAACCAGGGCAAUUUUUUAGUGAUGUUGUGGGGAGUCCUUAUUAUGUUGCACCUGAGGUCUUGUGCAAGCGUUAUGGACCUGAAGUAGAUAUAUGGAGUGCUGGUGUUAUCCUUUACAUCUUGUUAGGUGGGGUUCCACCAUUUUGGGCAGAAACUGAAUCAGGAAUCUUCAGAGAGAUUUUGCAUGGAAAACUAGAUUUGGAAUCUGACCCAUGGCCUAAUAUCUCAGACAGUGCAAAGGAUUUGAUGCAAAAGAUGCUUGAGAGGGACCCGAGGAAAAGAAUUUCUGCUCAUGAAGUUCUAUGUCACCCCUGGAUUGUGGAUGAUAGUGUUGCCCUAGACAAACCUCUGGAUUCUGCUGUGUUGUCACGUUUGAAGAAAUUCUCAGCAAUGAACAAACUUAAAAAGAUGGCUUUGCGUGUCAUAGCAGAAAGACUUUCAGAGGAAGAAAUUGGUGGUUUGAAAGAGCUGUUCAAAAUGAUUGACACGGACAACAGUGGAUCAAUAACAUUUCAGGAGCUAAAAGAUGGUUUAAAAAAAGUAGGCUCUGAGCUAAUGGAAUCUGAAAUCAAGUCUCUAAUGGAUGCGGCCGAUUUUGACAAUAAUGGAACAAUUGACUAUGGUGAAUUUCUUGCCGCUACUUUGCAUUUAAACAAGAUGGAGAGAGAGGAGAAUUUAGUAGCAGCCUUCUCCUAUUUUGACAGAGACGGUAGUGGUUAUAUCACUAUAGAUGAACUUCAACAGGCUUGCAAAGAUUUUGGUCUAGGUGAUGUUCAUUUGGAUGAGAUUAUCAAGGAAAUCGAUCAGGACAACGAUGGACGUAUAGAUUAUGGGGAGUUUGCUGCCAUGAUGAAGGGUGAUUCAGAGGUUGGGAGGAGCAGAACGAUGAGAGGCAACCUAAACUUCACUUUAGCUGAAGAAUUUGGAGUGAAAGAUAAGUCCACCUCAGAUUGCUAACUGAAAUCAAUGUUUUUGUAUAAUUAGGGAAGGAUUCAAUCACAUCAAGGCCAAAGCUCUAUAUUACUGACCGUUUGUUUUAGUUGGAAGGAUGUCUGAGGUGCUCUACGUUGAUGAAUUUUAUUGAAGCCAGUAACUCUCCAGAGUGGUGAUCAUUAACAUUUAAGUAAAUCCUUGGAAGUUCUGAAAGAGAAAAGCAGCUGCCUUAGUGUAAUAAACAAAACCAGUCUAGUCAAAAUUGUGGAUUUUUAUCAUUCGAAUGCUGUUUUAUUUUCAAUUCAGGUAUAAUGUUUAGUAGUAGUAAUUCAUUUUAGAAAUGGUUAGGUUGUUUAUACUUUUUAGUUUAGUUUAUGCAUAUCUCAAAAUUAAUAACUUUCAUGCGAGCAC